AUGCGUAGCGCCACUACCCUCCUGUCCCUCGGCCUCGCGGUCGCCCUCCCUCUCGGAGCCCACGCCGCUUCCGGGUCAGGCCACUCCACCCGGUACUGGGACUGCUGCAAGCCCUCGUGCGCCUGGUCCAAAAAGGCCGCCGUGAGCAAGCCCGUCGGCACCUGCGACAAGAACGACAACCCCCUCGCCGACCCGGACGCCAAGUCCGGCUGCGACGGCGGCGGCGCCUUCAUGUGCUCCAACCAACAGCCGUGGGCCGUCAACGACAAGCUGGCCUACGGCUUCGCUGCCACGGCCAUCACCGGCGGCAGCGAGGCUUCCUGGUGCUGCGCAUGCUACGCCUUCUUCACACACACCAGCCUGACCUUCACAUCCGGCCCCGUCACCGGCAAGACCAUGGUCGUCCAGUCCAUCAACACGGGCGGCGACUUGUCAAACAACCACUUCGACCUGCAGAUGCCCGGCGGCGGGCAGGGCAUCUUCUCGGGCUGCAACGCCCAGUACGGCAGCUUCCCGGGCGCGCAGUACGGCGGCGUCUCGUCGCGCUCCGAGUGCGCCAGCAUGCCCGCCCGCCUGCGCUCCGGCUGCGAGUGGCGCUUCGACUGGUUCCAGAACGCAGACAACCCCAACUUUGACUUUGUGCAGGUCCAGUGCCCGAGUGAGAUCACGGCCAUCUCCGGGUGCAAGCGCAACGACGACGGCAACUUCCCCGUCUUCAACCCGCCGUCUGGUGGAAACGGUGGCGGCAACGGCGGCGGCGCUACUACGUCCAGCACUCCCAGCACCCCCACCGGCGGCAGUGGCUCCGGCUCCGGAUCCGGUACUGCUGCUCACUGGGCCCAAUGCGGAGGUAACGGCUACACUGGCCCUACCAACUGCGAGAGCCCGUACAAGUGUGUCGCUCAGAACGAAUGGUACUCGCAAUGUCUGUAG